GCCGUCCCGAGCCGAGCCGUGCUGUGCUGUCUGUGCCGGGCCGAGUCGAGCCCUGCUGCGAUGGAGACUGGCGAGGCAGCGAGCCUGCUGGGAGAGCAGGGCCUGGGCCGGCUGCCUCAGUUCAAGACGUACCGUCGGCGGUGGUUUCUGCUGACCGCCGUGUGCCUACUGAACUGCUCCAACGCCAUGCUGUGGCUGACAUUUGCUCCUGUGGCUGAUAAGACAGCAGUCUACUUCCACAUUUCCCUGGAGAUGGUCAACUGGCUCUCAAUAGUGUACCUCCUCAUCUCGAUCCCAUUUGGUCUGGUGGCAACAUGGGUUCUUGACAGCUUGGGGCUCAGAUGUGCCGUGAUCCUGAGCGCGUGGCUGAACAUGAUGGGUAGCAUCAUCCGGGUGUUCAGUGUCCUGAAGUUCCUGAACUUGGGCUCCCAGAGUUACUGGUAUCUGUUUACUGGGCAAUGCCUCUGUGCACUGGCACAGCCCCUUAUCAUCUUUUCACCGACAAAGCUGGCAGCACUAUGGUUUCCAGACCACCAGAGAGCGACAGCAAAUACAAUUGCAUCAAUGUCCAAUCCCUUGGGUAUUCUAAUAGCAAAUGUGCUGUCACCUGCACUAGUUCCUGAAGGAAAGCACAUCCCAUUGAUGCUGGGUGUUUAUGCUGUCCCGGCAGUAACAGCUUGUGCUCUGGCAACCAUGGGGAUUCGUGAGAAGGUGCCUCCAACACCUCCUUCAGCCAGUGCCACUACCUCUACCUCCCAGCCGUUCCUCGAAGGGCUCAAAAUGCUCCUGAGAAACAAGCAGUACAUCAUUCUGGCAGUGUGCUUUGGAGGAGGAAUUGGGAUGUUCACCUGCUUUUCAGCUCUGCUAGAACAGAUCCUUUGUGAGAAGGGGUAUUCAAAUGAAUUUGCUGGCCUGAAUGGUGCACUGUUCACAGUGUGUGGUUUGUUGGGUGCUUUCCUGCUAGGCCUGUAUGUCGACCGGACAAGAAAGUUCAUAGAGUCCACCAAGAUCUGUUUCUGUUUGAGUGCACUUGCCAGCAUUGUGUUUGCAGUGACUUCUCGGUUCAGAAACCAGGCUGUCAUGCUGGCCAUCACCAGCUCACUCUUUGGUUUCUUUGGUUUUGCCAUCUAUCCUAUUGCCAUGGAGUUGGCUGUAGAGUGUUCCUAUCCCGUGGGAGAGGGUACAUCUACAGGCCUGAUUUUUGUUGCAAGCCAAAUUGAAGGUGUGAUUUUAAUGAUUCUGCUACAAGCUCUCACCGUCCGUGUUUCUGAGGAUCCAUCUUCCACCUGUGCCCUUGAGCAGGAUGGAGCCCUGGACUGGACAACUCCAGUUCUGGUGCUGGCUGGCCUCUGCAGUGGUAUGGCUUGUUUCUAUGUCAUUUUCUUCCACACUGACUACAAGCGGCUCUGUGCUGAGACAAACAGUGGUGAUUUGGCGAAGGCAGAAGAUACAGCAACAGCAGAUGUUCCUGAAGCCUAGCCAGGCCAAAAAGGGGAUGCCAAUGGCCUAGUAAGGGAAGAACUCAGGUCUGUGGGCAGGGACCAUGACUGCAAAUGCUCAGCUGGCAAACUGGGAUAUCAGGGGACGUUGCAUAACAGGCCAGGGCUAGGUCAGACUCACUGUAGCACCUUUGCUGGGUUUACCUCAAUGUUGUAUUUAUUUGUGAAUCUGGGCUGUAAGAAAGGCUGUUCUACCAGAAAGGUCAAAGUGGAACUGGACAAGUAUGCAGGUAACAGGGUUAGCUGACUUGAGUGAAGGAAAAAAUAUGUUGCAGAGAAGAGGAACAUUAUGUUUCAGACAUUUUGGUAAUUUCCAAGUACUUGGACUGUGGGGGUUGGAGGAAGCUUUCAGAGGGGUGGAAGCCAUACCUGUCACAGACCUAGUGGAAAACUGUUUAAGGAUUGUGGUUCUUGCACAGCACAGCAACUCUUCUGCUCUGAGUUUGGAGCUAAUUGUGCCUCUUAGCUAAAGGGCAGAAGGAGCUAGAAUAACCUUCCACUGCAGCAGGUAAGUGUAGGUAUGUGAUCUGCAAUAUAAGUCUGUUCCAAUGAGCUACUCUGUCCACUUCUACAAACAGGAAGAGCCUUGCCUACAGUGCUGCCUGUGAAUGCAAGCAGCAGAAUUUAAAUACAGCAGCAUUUCUCACC